AUGUACCGCUGCAUUGCAGAGUCCAUCAAGCCACAAAAGCUCGGACCAAGGGGUGCUCGCAAGGUGCGAAACAUGUCGCGAAAGGUCACAGGUGAGCUGUGGGCAUCGUCCGGUGACGCUCUGGAACUCGUGGCAGAGCUGGAACGGGGGAACGAGACGGUGAAGUGGGAGCUAGACGCGGAGAACAUCUUGAGGUCCAUUAUGUGGGCCUCACCCGAACAAAUUCUUCUCGCCAGGACGUAUGGUGGCGUUGUCAUCCAGGACAAUACAUGCCUGACGAACAGGUACAACAACAAGUUGUGUUUGUUCGUGGGCGUGGACUCAGAAAACAAGACGCAGGUUUUCGCGCAAGGUUUCUUCAGCAACGAAUCAACCGAAGCGUUCGAUUUCGCCAACAAGUUCUUCCUCGAUAUCUGCGGGGGUCACCCUAAGGUAAUCAUUACAGAUUCCGACGCGGCAAUGAAGGAGUCCAUCAGAGGUGUGUUUCCCCCACCCCACACGACGCACUUGCUCUGCUCGUGGCACAUCUGCAAGAACAUCAAGAAGAAGUGUCUGUCGAUAUUGAAAUCGGAAAAAUGCGCGGACUUGCUCAGGCGGUGGACGAGGGCAUCGUUGGCGACAUCAAUUGAGGCGUUCGACGGGGUUUGGACAGACGUCGAGGACCUCGUCAAGGGCACGGAUUGCGAGGAAUAUAUCCUCAAGUUCCUGUACGAGCGCCGGAAGCACUGGGCGCGCUGCUUCCACCCCACCGUGAUGACGUUGGAUAUGACAUCCUCGCAGCGCGUCGAGGGCACUUUCAGCGUUCUCAAGAAGGGCCGCGUCUUGCGAAGGAACUCGACCUUUCGCCAAGUGAGGGCCAAGUGCGAACAGAUUGCGGGAGAACUUCGCCUGGCAUCCACAAUGCAAGCCACUAAGCAGACCUCCCUGGGGAAAGGCUACGUGGAGAACGACGUCAAGAAAUCUAUGGAGAAGGUCAUGACGGCGUAUGCCGAGGUUGGAGCCAGCAAGUACGCGAAGGAAGAGAUUUGGGCCGAAAUGUUGGCGAGCUCGGCGUACGAUACUUCCAUCGUCACGGAAGGACGUGACUCAAUGCAGUUCCUUCAGAAUUUGGCCACGCGAUCGGUCAAUGACUCCAACGAUUCAACGAACGUUAGUGGGCACGACCAUGGAGCUGGCGACGUGUGUUGCCAAGUGCCUAAAGAGGUCUUUGAGGAAGAUGAAGCUCCAGAUACGACUAUGUUUGGUACCACAUCCUUGCAUUCUUUCUGCCGGCUCGUCGAGUGCGUAGAAAUUGAUUGCAUCGUCAAGGUCUUGUACAAACACAAGCCUGACCGCAAGGUGGGCCACCUUGUCAUCGUAGGACCCGGUGGGUUUCAGCUUUGCACGUGCUUACAACUAUUGAGACGGGGGUUGCAGUGUAGGCACGUCCUCGCCGCGCUUGUGACGCGGUUGAAGCGCAGCGACGAGUUCAAAGGACAAAGCAUUCACCCACGGUGGCGUUCGUCUGUUGAACCGUGGAGUAUUGCAGAGGUGAAGCUGGGUACGUUUGACGGGGAUGGGGAUGGAUCGUACGAUGGCGGGUUCACCGGUGACUGGGAGCCGUCCGGUGAUUUUGAAGACUUGCAGGGAGACAACACGUCGGUCUCCGUGUUGUCUGUGUUGCGAGGGAGAGCGUUUGCCAACCUCACCGAGUUGUGCAACCGGGCCGUUCGCACCUAUACGGACAGCAUGACCAGGGACUCUACCACUGCCGAUCAGUCUAUGUUUGGUGAUUUGAUGCGCCAUGUGAAUGACUUUGUUGAGAAGCGUAGAAGUGGUGACACGGAAGAGUCUUCGUUCCAAGUUUAGGACCCUCCGAUUACCCGGUGCAGAAAGCAGACUAGAACCAAGGAUUGUUUGGAGAAAGCAGGGAAAGCCAAAAAGGUCAAGACAGAGCCAAAAUAGUGAGGGAGAUUAGGAUGGGUGUGGCGCGUACCCCACACUCGCACGGGCAGGGUUUUAAUGCGGUCUCUGUUGUUCGUUGCGGUUGCGGUUUUCUUUGGCAGCCUCAAGUACUAGACUCACCAAGGAAGUUGUGUGUGUGUGUGAUGUUUAUUUUAUCGACCGCACGCACUGCUGUGUGCGUAUGUGUGCAUUAAGACCAGACCUUCGGAUGUAUGUUGACAAUUCAU